UUCGCAUUUCCGGGUUUCUCUGCAAGUCGUCGGAAGUCUGCAUAGUUGUCAAAAAAUACAAAUAUUAAACGCUUUUGAGGAUUUACGAAAGGCAAAGGUCUUGCGAAAAUGGCCCUAUCGUGAUUCUUGAGCGCAGAGCAGAUUCGUUGUCGCGAAAUAAAUAUACUUUAUUUCUAUAUUUAUUUUUUAUUCCAUGGUCUGUUUGAAUGCUGGAUUCUGAUUGGCCGGCAGGUAAAAGCGUUUAAUGCACAGGUAGUUCCGAGUCAGGUUUUUGCCGUUCUGUGUUAAUGCCUGCUUUAAUUGAUGCACGCUACUGCAAUGCACAGAGGAGAUUGCCAUUCACACACACAUAUUUAUAUUUCUCAGUAAGGAGGUGGUAAACUCAGGAUGCCAGAAUCCACUAAUGUGAUAAUAACCUCUCCAUUAUACCAACAUCAGCAGUAUGAAAUCUCCAGGUUCCUGCAUAACCAGCCACUGGUUUUGGGGAUUUUGGAAAUAUUGGUAGCCUUAUUGGCAUUCGUUUUGACAAUCUGCAAUAAGACUUUUUUCCUAAUCUGGAUACCAAUCAUUUUCGUCAUUAUUGGAGCUAUAACAAUCUCAGCUGCACAAACACGUAAACCGUGUCUGGUCAAAACCUCACAAAUCCUCAGCUAUGUUAGUUUUGCAUUAGUUGCUCUCUCCCUCCUCCUUCACCUGGUUUUCAUUCUGGGUAUUUCGGAUGUGUCCUCAUUUGUCCUUGUCGCCUGCGAUAUUAUGAUUUUCGUCAUCUCUCUUGCUGUUGCCAUAACCAGCUGUUCCUGUUGCGGCAGACCACAGUCAACCCCUGCCAUGGUCAGUUAUAUGACCACAGAUUUGCCCGUCAACAGCAUCAUGCCGUACCGCUCUGCAGAGGGCCAGCCUGUUGGCUCGGUCAUCUACGUGUUGCCACCCGUGCCUCUGCCAAAUUACAGUCACGUUCCCAGUGCAUCUCCACCAAUGUACAGUCUACUACCAACUACAUCUCCAUCCAACUACGACAAAGUCUCCGGUGCCCUUCCACCAAACUACAGUGCAGUCCCAAGUGCCCCUCCACCAGCAUAUGAGCAGGAAUAUUUCCAGACCAGAAGAUAAAAAUGUCUAUUACACUCAGAAGUUUGAAAAUCAAAAGGAUGAGAAACAUGCCUUUAAGGGAUAGUUCACAAUUUCGAGGUUUAUCAGCAUCUAAGGUGUAGGUGGCUUUUUUUUCAAUUUUGAGAUUUUAAAACGUAGUCGGUCGUAUAAUGGUCGGUACAGGGAACUUUCUCUAUCGGAGGAAAACAAACUUCCAAAUUACACCAUACCCCAUCAUAACGCUGGCCUAAGACACAAAACAAACAGUAUUACAGCAUCAUUAAGAAAACAAACGGUUUGCCCUAUAAAUUGGUGAUCCAUUAACCUCUAGAAUUAUGGUCUGAAAAUAGACUGACAAUUUUAUAUUCAAACUGUAAAUAUUCAAAAAUGAUUUUUGUACAACAUAAACUGUUCAGAAAUAUUUCAGAAAACCUGAAAAUAAAGUGCAUGUCCACAUUAAGACUUCAUGUCUCAGCACUGCAUCAAAGAGGAAGAUGGGUUUAGAUGGCCAACAACUACUCUGUGGUUUGAGUAGAAGCUCUAAUAGUCAAACAAUUUUAACUAUAAAAAUUAUAUCAAACUUAAUUAUAAAAGAGAUCAGUAUCCCAUUUCAUAGGACAGCCAUUUAUGCUAAUUUAUAUCAAAUAUCAGUCAAUAAUUUUUAUGUAUAUAGUGCUUUUAACAGGUUGUAUCAAAGCACUGAACAGUAUAAAGUAGAAGAAUACAAUGAUAGGGAUGUUAUAAUGAUGAGAUUGAACAAUUUGUUAUUGAAUGCAGAGACGGUCUCUAAUCAAAUCGACAAUAGUGACUAGAAGUUAAGUGUCCCCAACAAAGCAAGACAGAGGAGACAGCGGCAAGAAACCAAAACCCCAUCCAUACAGAAUGGAGGAGAAAAACCUUGGGAGAAACCAGACUCAGUUGGGGCCAGUUCUCCUCUGGCUGGACGCCCAGCACUUAACUUCCAGUUCAAUGCAGCUGUGUAAAUGACUUGUGUGUGUGUGUGUGUGUGUGCAUUUUCACAAUUGUGUUGUAGUGCUUCAUGAAUGCAUUUGUGCGACUGGAUAUUCAGAUCUUCUCUGUCCUUUUAAUAAAUAAUCAACAAAAGCCUAA